ACCUGUAACUGCUACUACUAGAAUAACAUCGUCAGCGGUCAGCCAUUGUCGUGAAAUGUGAAGAUUUUUUUCGUAAAAGAUCAAGAUCAAAAACUGGGGAAAUUGUUAAAGAUUUUAGAAAUGCAUACUAUCCCAGAAUUGGGUACAAGUGUACCAGCGUUCCUUGCCAAACUUUGGAAGUUGGUCGAAGAUGCUAAUACUGACGACCUUAUUUGUUGGUCACCUAGUGGAAGGAGUUUUUUCAUUAGAAAUCAGGCACAAUUUGCCAGAGAAUUAUUGCCACAUUAUUACAAACACAAUAACAUGGCCAGUUUUAUCAGGCAGUUGAAUAUGUAUGGUUUUCACAAGAAAGUUUCUGUAGAAUUUGGUGGCUUAAAAUGUGAUAAGGAUGAAAUGGAAUUCGCACAUCAAUUCUUCUGUAAAGGUCAUCCAUAUCUUGUAGAACAUAUUAAAAGAAAAAUUGCCUCUAACAAAGGACAAGAUCCAGCACUUACUCCUAUUAAACCAGAACUAAUGAACAAAAUGCUUACUGAAGUAAGAAGUAUGAGAGGUCGUCAAGAACAUUUAGAUUCAAGAAUUGGAGCCAUGAAAAGAGAAAAUGAAGCACUGUGGCGAGAACUAGCAAUGCUUAGACAGAAGCACCUUAAACAACAGCAAAUUGUUAAUAAACUUAUACACUUUUUAGUUACAUUGGUACAGCCUUCCAGAAGUGGUGGUCUCUCGGUUAAAAGAAGAUACCCACUAAUGAUCGACGAUUCUAACCGCCAACGUAACAAACAGCCGAAAUUAUCAAAGUCACAAACAUCACCGGCAGGUCCUGUAAUUCACGAACUCGAUUCAUCAGAACCGGAUUUAGAUUCGGAAUAUAUUGUUGCAGAAAUGUUGGAAGGACAUCCAAACCCAGCUGUUGAAAGUCCUGAGCAUAAUAACUCAUCAAUAAUGGAAGACAAUAAUAUGGAAACAAUUGAUUUAGUUGAUGAUCCUGUUAACUUAUCAGAUGAUAUACAACUUAUUAAUUCUCAAGAAGCUGAAGCAAAGAAAAAACGUGGAUGUAAGGGUAAAAAGAAGAGGAAAAACAAGGUGCCGGUCAAAAUUUUGAUCCCAUCGACGGAGGAUGGAGAGGAACCAAGGGAAGAAACACAUUUGCUUGAAAUACCAUUAGAUGAUACGCCGGUGAUUGCUUUACUGAAAGAUAAAUCAGUCUCAAAGGCAGUACCUCUGUCAACUAUGCGUAGUCCGAAGCUCGCAGCAAUGGCAGCUAAUAUGAACAAAGUCACUAAUGUAAAUUGUGAGCUCGAUUUGGUAACUUCAACAGAUAUGGAGGAAGAUGUUCAAGAGAAUAAUCCAACCCUGGUAAAACUCGAAGAUAUUUUAAUAGUACCAGAAAUCAUCAAUGAGGAUGUUGAAGGCACCGAGAACGUCGAGUUUAAUGAAAACAAUAGCAAUUCUGAAACCAAUGAAACUGAUGCCACUUUAAAUCAACUUAAAAAAGUAAAUUAUAAUGCUGAACAGAAUAACAAAAAGAAUUCUUAUACAAAUGGUGGUGAAAAAUAUUUGGAGCGGGUCAAAGACAACUGCAAUGGAGCAGGAACAAGCAAUUCAAAAGAUUUGUCAUUGAGUUGCAUCAUUCCCUCGGGCAUGUCUGAUGCUGCUUACAGGUUAGGAUCAAUGGAGGAAAUGGAUAAUCAUCUCGAAACAAUGCAAACAGAAUUGGACAAUCUCCGCGAUAUUCUAAGAUGCGAGGGUUAUAGUAUCGAUGCAAAUACGCUUCUUGGUUUAUUUGGAGCAGAUGAUCCAAUGUCAUUUGGUAUGCCAGUUAAUCCAGAAUUGAACCCACAAUCUGAGAAAGAAGAGGAAAAUCAUGCUAAUGUUACAGAAAAUAAUAAUGGAACUGGUGGUGGUGAACUUAUGGCAUAUAAUCCUGUUCAAAACUUCUUAGAUUUCGACGAUGACAUUUUCUUGGAGGCCACAUCUCCUCCAACUAACACAGCAGGUGGUGAUACAGCUAUAGUCAAUCUUUAUAGCUCGGAUCCUCUCGAUUUGGAGGAUAGCAAAUUUUCAUUUCUGAAUUCCUUAACAAAUGAUGUGAACACUUCAUCAUAAUGUCUCAUUCCCAUGCUUUGGAAGAAAGACUGCUGGAUUUUUAAUCACCUUAUUGGUAAUGUCUUCGUUUUAAUUAGUGAAUAUGAUGCUAUGGUAAAACCUGUAACAAGUUUAGUAUGAAGGGGAUGAUGUAAAGAAUUGAAAAGGUACACACAGUGGUGCAUGCUUAAAAUUCCUUGAAGAAGGAAAUAAACGAGAUAAAGAACCAAACGAUAUAAAUCUAGAAAUCGGAAGGAAGAAUUUAUCUUCGUGUUGAUGAAGAUAGAUACUAAACAAAUAGAAACAUAUUCUACGAACAUAUUCUAUUGAAAGAAUAUAUAGCGUAAAAAAACAAAUAUGCGCGUAUCGUGUAUGUAUCAACAAAGGGCUGUAAUUUCCAGUUUCACCGACUUGUACAUAAUUACGCAGGAUUCUGCAUUGAUAAAAAAUAUAGGGUGUUUCCUAAAAAUGUCCAUUACCUGAAGAGUAACAAUUUUUUUACAUGUGUAUGUAAAUGCACAGUAUUAGAUUAUAAAUGAAUUAAUUCUAUAUUGAGCGGCAUAUAUGCUAAAAGGUACACAGAUGUAUGUAUAUAUAAAUCUAUACAUAUAUAUAUGCAAAAAGUGAGCAUGUUAAAGGUAUAAAAUUUGUUUAACAAUGUCAGUCUAUUUUUCCGUAAAUGUCUUUUUAUUGUGGUAUAAGGUUUAAACAAACCUACAAAGUUGAAACAAAGUUUAAACAAAGUUAAAGGUGAUAGUACAACCUAAGAUUUCAGUGUCUAGUUCCACUAUCACUCCCUUUGUUGUGUAAAAGAUUUUUCUUUACUUUUAAUCAACACUUUUUCGUAUAUUUAAUCUUCUAGAUUUCGCUUUUUCAAUGCUGCCUUUUAAUAUUAUUUUUCUAAUUUUUGUUUUGAGUGUGUUAAAGGUUAUGUGAAAGUAAUACCAUUGAUAAGAAUAUUUAAUUAAUUUUGUAAAUGAAUUUGAUCAUAGAGGGUGAAUAAAUAAGUAGGGUGUUAAGUAAUUAUUUAGGAUAUUUAUGGAAUCAAGAUACUUAACUAAAUAAUUAAUCCAUAUUCUUGUUUUAUAAAUCAAAAACAUUUUUUUUAUUUUCAUUUUGAAAUAAAAAUUAUGUUCAUUCAUACGUACAAUUACAUGUAUGCAGUAGAUAGUUCAAACCAAUAAAUGUCUUUCACCAAACACUGAAAUCUUAAUGUUGAAUCUUUACAAAAUAGAUUGAGUUUGUGUAUAUCAGAAAAUAAUAUAAACAGAAUAGUACACUGUAAUCUUUGUUAGAUUAACAUGUUAUUUUAAUUUAGUAAUAAGUAGGUUUUUUUAUAUUCAUUUGUGAAGAAAAACACCAUAUUAUAUUACAAAUUCAUAAAAAACUUAGCAUAUAUUAUAUAAUUCCAUAUACAGUGAAGUGUCAACCAUACAUUUAUAUAGUUUACUUUUCUUUACAUAUCUUACAAAUAUUUUAACACACUUCAUAAUUUCUUAGAUUUAACUCAUUUAAAUUACUUAUCUAUGUGUUAACAUUACUUUUAUUAUGUAAUUAUUAAGCGUUUGUUAAUUAAUUUACAAUACAAUACGUGAACAAUUUAAAAAACCUUUUUGUUCAAAAUAUUUAUCAAAGAAAAUUGUUAUUGAUCUUCUAUGGGCUAACUUUUAAUUUUUUUCUAUUAAUCUAAUAGAAAGUCAUUAGUUCCAAACAAUUAAAUCAAAUUAUAUCAAUUUGUUUUAUGAUUUGAUUAUUAAGUGUAUGUACACCCUGAAGAAUAUUUAUACCAAACGAUUAUUCACUUACUCAUGGAAGAUCAAACUACAAGAGUGUAACAAAAUCAAAAUAAUAUAUCCUGUACAAAAGUAUAGUUGAUACUACAUUACUUGUAGAUAUCCAAUUUUGUGAUACAUUAAAAUUUUGUACAAAAAGGUAGGGUUGAUUAAAAACGGGUGACGAUUCCUCCUUUCUUGGUUAUAAAUUGCAUGUUUUGCAGUUAAUUAUAAAAAUAUCAGUUACAAUAGAAUUAAAGGAUAAAUUAAAAUGUAUCUAAACAUCUGGAGGAAAUCAUUAAGAAACAAACUUGCAAUUUUUAUUUACCGACAUCUAUCUUCUAAAUUCAAUAUCUAUACUCUUAUUUUUACUAUAUCACAAAAGGAAAUUGACUUUAUUCUGAUAUCUAUAACUAACGUUAUCACAUGAUAAAUAUAUAUAUUUAAAAAAGCGGCGAUCGAUUAAAAACAUUAUAAUAUCUUUGAAAACCAUAAUUUUAAUCGAAAUUACUUUAUUCGACACAAACAAGCUUUUAACUAUCAUUAAAAAUAAUGUUAAAUUUGUUUGUUUCUAAAUAAAAUCUAGGUCAUUGUUUACAUAAUCUUAUUAUAUAUCCUAACUCGAACGAUCUAUCCUUAUAUAAAUAUCAUACAUGAAUUGUGUACAAUAGUGUAUCAUUCAUAAAACUUUGAAACAAUUUUAUACCAUUUAAAAGUACUCGAAAAUCUCCGGUGCGUUAACGAAAUAUAUGUUGCAAUAUGUUCAAAUAAUAAUAUGCUGAGCAAUUUGCUGGGAGGAAUAACUUGAAUAAUAUUAUUUUUUAUAUAACGAUAACGAUAUAAUCUAGACUGUAAGUUUUUGAGGAGCAAAUCUUACAUUAUGUGCGAAGAAACCAAUUGUAUUUAUAUUUUAUAGAUUUUUUUUAAUGGCAGCACUUUCACAAAAAUAUAUCAAUUUAAAUCUCAGUACAGAAAUUAUUAACAUUGUUUUUGUACUAUAUGUAUGAAGUUAUUUUAUGUACAAAGAUUUGUUUAAAAAUACUUUCGCCAUUUCAAUUGCAGCUAUUAUCUACUUAUUAGUUAUUGUCUAAAAAAAGAAUCUUUAUUAAAUUUCUCGAUUCAAUAUAUAAAAAUUCCUAAAUUUUCAAGUUAUUUUAAUUUCGGAUAGCUAAGCUAUGAAUAUCGGAAAAAGUGAUGAAUCCUUAAAACGCGUAUAAAAUGUUGUACAUAAUUAUUAUUUUUAUCAUUUCUAUAAUAUUUACUGUAAUACCAAUUAAAUUGUACCAUAAAGCAGAAUAAAAUUCGUUAUAAAAUCGUAAA